AUGGUGGCGGCGGCAAGCCCCGCCCCUAGCUCCCUGUGCCAAAAGGACCGGUGCCAAAAGGAGCGCUGCAGCUUGGGGGAGGCCCGAGAGCCCCGCCACUGCGUCCACCGAGCCCGCGCAGGAGCGCUGCGGCUCGGGGGAGCUUUUCAGAUGAAGCAACAGACCAAUGGAACAGAAAAUAGGACAUACCUGGAGACUGUGUCACAUUUGAAGCAGUUUUUGUGUAAACCACUUGACAACCGUGCAACAGAGCACUCUGGGUGCAGACUCUGUCCCCAGAACUGGUUUCUUCAUGGGAACAAGUGCUACUGGAUCUCCGAAGAAAAUCGAACCUGGCAUGAGAGUGAAAAAGACUGCAGAGCAAAACUGUCUGACAUGCUGGUGAUAGAGGAUCAGGAUGAAGUGGCGUUUAUCCAGAGUAUUGUUGAAGGAGCCCAUCUUCUGUGGAUUGGACUGACAGCAACACUGCCUGAAAGAAAAUGGACCUGGGUUAAUGGCACACCAUUAGAUGACAAAAUAUCGCAAGGUAUCGGUCCAGUUGAAGCAGACUCCUGUGGGCAACUGAAUGAAAACCGAAUUGUACCUGAAGCCUGUAGUGCUGUAGCCAGGUGGAUCUGCAAGACAGAUUCUCUCCUAAUAUAA